AUGACAAUGACCAGUGCGCAGCUGAGUGGGACCUCUAUAAAGGCUGCACUUGUCUCUUGCGCGAGAGUCGUUCUUAAUGCUUCUGCUCGAGGUUGGUCUUAUCUCCAAGCCAAGAGUGUAAAUUUAUUCAGACAGAUGAGCGCUCAGCCACCGCCGUACCCCAACGAAAAGGAUGGUUACGGGGUGGAAGCCGGAAAGCCGCUGAUGGUCGCAGCUAUGUCGAGCUCAGGAGGAGACGUUCGGCUCUCCCCAGACCCACUCAAUCGAAUUUAUUUGGAAACACGCUUCGCGGAUGUGACCGGUACAUAUUAUGUCGCUCCCCACAGUAUCGUACCUGAAGUCAACGUGAGACGAAGAAAGAGGCAAAAACGGAAACAGACUCCAGACGCCAUUUUCAGGUCGCGUCGCGGCAACCUCUCACUUGAUCUAGGCACUAUAGGGUAUGCAAGCGAAAAUGCAAAGGCGUCUGUCAACGCUUCAACAAAGUCGGGCAAUAUUAGCCUGAACUUGAUCGCCGGGGCCAAAGUCCGUCCACGGUUUGACGUCGAAGUGAAUACUCGUACCGGCCAUGUCGUACUGUUUGUUACCGAGACCUUCUCUGGGGCCAUCCAGCUUCAUACGAACAGGGGGCAACUUGAAUUUCUUCCUGGCAUCACAGCAGAGAUGAGAGUGAUCAAGUCGACAGAUACGGAAUAUCUCGUUCUGGUGGGCCCUCAGCCAGUUGGUGCAGAACAACCGCCAGCCGACUAUUGCCGCGUACAGACUCGGAGUGGGAAUAUCAAGGUGGGUCUUCGAGGAAAGGAUGUGUAUGUUCAGCCAUUCGGGCUGUGGCAACGGCUUACGAGUUUUAUUCGUAAUUGA